UCCUCCCCGGCGUAUAAUUGAAGUUUCUUUAGUUUCUCCGGCGGAGCUGGAGCUCAGUGUUUGUCCGGUUCGCAUAGGGAUUAAAGAGCCUCACGGGCAGCGGGGAGCAUGUUUUCCGGGAGCCUGAACGCGUGCGUGACGCUGUGUUUGUGGAUUACAGCCGUGACGAGUCCGGGAAGUGUCUCUGCGAGGAAGCAGGACGACUCCAGCUUCUUCACCGGCAGCAUUUAUCGAGCGAGAUGCGCCUCGAGAUGCCUCAGCCUGCACAUCACUCGCAUCUCUGCAUUUUUCAAGCACUCGCAGAAUAAUGGAUCCUUGGUGUGGUGCCAGAAUCACAAACAGUGCUCCAAGUGUCUGGAGCCCUGCAAGGAAUCCUGGGACCUGAAGGAAAAUCAGUGCCAAGAUUUAUGUGAGCCCCUUUUCCCCAAGAAGCACUACGAGUGUCUUACAAGCUGCGAGUUCUUGAAGUCGGUGGAAGGAGUGAAGCAAGGCGACUGCCCGGCCCCCGAGAAGGCCAGUGGCUUCGCCGCAGCUUGCGUGGAAAGCUGUGAGGAGGAUGGAGAGUGUUCAGGAGUCAAAAAGUGCUGCAGCAACGGCUGCGGCCACACCUGCCAGGUCCCCAAGAAUCUCUACAAAGGAGUCCCCCUGAAACCCAGGAAGGAUCUGGUGUUCUUGGAUCAACCCUCAGGUCAGCUGGAGAUCCGCUGGUCUUCCAAGUUCAACAUCUCCGUGGAACCCGUCCUAUACGUGGUGCAGCGCCGCUGGAACUACGGUAUACAUCCGAGUGAGGACGAUGCUACGGAGUGGCAGACGGUGGCGCAGACCGCAGAAGAGCGCAUCCAGCUGACUGACAUCAGAGCCAGCAGAUGGUACCAGUUCAGAGUUGCAGCCGUCAACGUCCAUGGGACCCGCGGCUUCACAGCUCCCAGCAAACACUUCCGCUCCUCCAGAGAUCCAUCUGCUCCACCCAGCCCAACGAAUCUGCGCGUCACCAAUGUGACGUCAGGGGACGACGGCCUGGCGACCGUUCGGAUCAACUGGACUCUUCCAGAGGAGCCCGACAUUCCCAUACAUCACUACAAAGUGUUCUGGAGCUGGACCGUGCCCACCAAGUCAAUGGUACCAUCCAAGAAGAAAAGGAGAAAGACCACCAGCGGGGCUCAAAGCUGGGUAGAUCUGGAGGGACUUCAGCAGAACGGCAGCUACACGGUGGAGCUGCAGGCGGUCACUUACUGGGGACAGGUGCGCCUGAAGAGCUCCAAGGCCUCCCUCCACUUCGGAACCACCCAGGAUAACGAAUCAGCAAAAGUGGUGCUCAAGUCAAAGAAGGGUAAGAUAUCCCCUCUCGGUUCGAACUUGGCCAAACGCCCCUCCGGCCCUCUUGAAGUGGGCACGCCUUUCUACCAGGACAGUCAGCUGCAGGUCCGCGUCUACUGGAAGAAACGAGGAGACCCAACUGUGAGUCGGUACCACGUCCAGUGGAUGCCCGAGUACUGCAGCCACAACGAGACCCGAGGACCGGAGAAAUCGGUCACACAGGAGAACUACAUCAACCUCCCGGGUCUGCUGUUCUCCUGCAAGUACAAAGUCACCGUUCACCUGCUGAAGUCCAAGAAACGCUCCAAGGAUGAGAGCACCGCCUUCUUCACCCCAUCCUGCGCCACCAUCCGUAGCAAGACUCACAAGCACAUCCCCUGCCCGGGGGAGGGAGCCUCAGUGCUUCCGAAGGUUUUGGCUAAGCCAGAAAACCUGACGGCUUCUUUCUCCAUCAAUGAGGGAAACAUAAGUGGCAGCUUCCUGUGGCACGUAUCCAGGGUGGCUCCUCACCAGCGAAUCACAGGCUUCCAGGUCACCUGGGCUGAAAUCAACACAGAGAGUCGGCAAAACAGUCUGCCCAACAGCAUCAUAUCACAGUCCCAGAUCCUGCCUCCAGAUCAUAACUUGCUGGUGGUGUCCAACCUGCGGCCGUCCACCUACUACAGACUGGAGGUGCAGGUGAUAACGACUGGAGGAGAAGGUCCUGCCACUGUCAAGACCUUCCAGACCCCAAACAUAUUACCGAUCAUACAACACCGACCCAGACUCCGGCAGCACCACUCUCAUCACCAGAAGCCAACAGUAGAGAGACACUGAGUGUUCAAGUGGAGUUCAACCCAACGGGGAGGAGAACCCGCAGCUCUCUGCUCAUGUCGGCCAGAGAAGGAAUGUGUGGAACCAAACAGAAUCACAGCGCACCAGACCAUGAAGUGACCACCACCACCACUACCACCUUACCCCCACCCUUAUUCCUCUUCUCUAGACUCUAGAACUCCUUCCUCGCCGCUCUCUCACGACUUAUUGAACUGGUUGCCGUGUCCGAUGCAGCACAACCCCCUCCCAGCUCAUCCCAGACUUAAACAGGAAAUUAUCAAAUUUCCCAUUGAAUGAGAUCCGAGUACUCCCAACAUUUGUGGCACAAUUGAAAGUCCUUUGAUUGGAUUUGGCAAAUGCUUGGCUGAAAGAAACCCAGCUACUUUUGAUUGAAGAGGGCUGGAUGGUAGGAAAUGCCAGGACAUUUGUUUAUUGAUGAAAAAAAGAAAAGUAGAAAACCAUUCUAUUUAUUUUGUGUUACCCAUUAAAGAGGCGCUUAGACACACACUCCGUACUGAUGUAACUAAAGUCAUUAUUGUCUAACCCAGAAAUUUUCAUGUAGUAUGUUGCAUGUAUUACAUUUGAUUUUAGAGCUGUAAAUUAAGUACUUGCUUCAAAUUGAAAGCUCGUAAUGGUUUUGCAUGACAACCGUUAGCAUCUGUUGGCAUGAAAUGACGUCCGUGUUACCUCUUUUCAAUAUCUUAGCAAUAUUUCCUUAACAAAUUAACAAAAAAUUAUAUUGGAAGUAAUAUGUCAUGUUCAUUAAUAAAAUUAUAACUUGUGUGGAGAUGAAUUGUACAUGUUCUUGGCUGUAGAGAUAUUUGUCCUGGAACAGUCAGUGAAUGUCUAUAUUUAUUUAUGUGUGUAUUACAGAGUUUGGUUUUGGUGUGUGUGUGUGUGUGUGUGUGUGUGUGUGUGUGUGUGUGUGUGUGUGUGUGUGUGUGUGUGUGUGUGUGUGUGUGUGUGUGUGUGUGUGUGUCGUAGUCUCAGAUUUUUAAUCCAGGAGGAAAAAAAGGAAAAAAAAAAUCUUGUAAAGACAUUUUGUAAAAAUUGAAUUGUAAAUAGAGUCUUAUGUUAUUUUUCCAUGCUAGAAACUGUACAAACUGCUAAGUAAUAAAUCAAUCCUUAACCUGU